UCUGCCGAGAGACAGACCCCCCUGCAGAAGAAGCUCCCUGCUCUGCUUGAAGUCAAAAGUGUGAAGUGCAACGAUACUGCAUACUGUCCCCAUGACACUACCUGCUGCAAAACUGCAAAGGGAGAAUGGGCAUGCUGUCCAUUCCCCAAGGCUGUAUGCUGUGAAGACCACGCUCAUUGCUGUCCACAGGGCACCACCUGUGACCUUACCGCUGGCUACUGCAAGUCCUCCACCCUGUCCGUUCCCUGGUUGGAGAAGGAGCCCGCCAAGACGGGGGAGCCCAUCGGACCUGGGGGUGAGAAGGGUGUGAAGUGUGACCCCGAGACCAGCUGCGCGGCUGGAACGACCUGCUGCCAGCUGCCCACCGGCAAAUGGGGCUGCUGUCCCCUGGUCAAGGGGGUGUGCUGCUCGGAUCACGAGCACUGCUGCCCACAGGGCUACUCCUGCAACAUCAAGGCCGGCACCUGCGAGAAGCGCCACGAGGGCGUCCCCUGGGUGUCCCGGAGCUUCCCCGCGGUCCUCGUGUCCCCCUCGGAGCAGCGCCCCAGGAGGGACGUGCAGUGCGAUGAGGAGCAUCGCUGCCCCGACUCGCAGACCUGCUGCAGGACCUCCUCCAGUUCCUGGGGCUGCUGCCCUUUCCCCAAGGCCGUGUGCUGCGACGAUCAGAAACACUGCUGCCCCUCUGGAUACUCCUGCGAUGGCGCUGGAGGGUCGUGUGUCCGGGAUGGGCGUCUGACCUGGGAUAUGUUCUUCACGGAGAGGGAGAGAGCCUUAAACCACAACACUUUGUAAAUCUCUUCUCGGCCUGCAGCACAUAUCCACACCCUCCAUAAUCGGCAACGUGUUAAGGAGGGAAGGGGAAUGUACAAUGAGACAUAACUGACCUGUUAUUUGUGACAAAUACUGUUUAUUUGGUAGGGGGUCUGCGAUGAAGUGGAAACAGAUUUAAAAUGGGGGACAUCAGCUGGAACCUGCUGAAUGAUUUUUUUUUUUGGAAUGUUUGUGCUUUGCAAGACUUGCUUUAUUGUGCUCCACUAAAGGAGCUUCAAGCCUGUACCUUUUUGUGUUUAACGAUGUGCUGUGACCUGAAAAGUGACGUUAGAUUUCUGCAAAACUGACCACUUCAUUAGAACAAGGGCCCUUGCCUGUGUGCUCUGCACUAACUGACAUUUCAAAGCAACUAGAUUCACCCCCACAUCUUUGGAAUAAAAGGAUUCAGAUUUCAAGAGAAUUGAUUUUAAGUGAAAUUUAGUUUUAAAGAACGCGUUGUUAAACCCAGUUUUUCUAUGCAGUGAGAUAAUAGCAUAAUGGAGGAGGAUGAUGUCGAACUCUUCUCGGGGCUUUACAAACCAUUGGCAAGCGGAGUUUCUGCUGCUUGGCCAGGUGCCUGCAGGCUCGCGAAGACAUCAUGCUGCUUUUCCAAUUGGCACUGCCUCUUGUUGGCUACUGUGGUGCCCCCUGCAGACGAGCAUGAAAUUGACACCCUGAAAAGACAAACCUGUUUUAAGAAACGUAUGAAGGGCUAGAUGGCGGUGAUGAAGCAGCUGUUCUAGAAAAAGAAGCACACUUUUGUAGAUGCUGACACAAGGUAGCAAAAUCUAAUUGUCUUCGGCCUUGCAAUACUGUCUGGUACAGAAGAGGAUUUUUACACUUAUUUGACCCAAAGUGAAUUGUAAACUGAGGAAAAACCAGGGAGAACUGUUCUCUAGGAAUGUUUUACUGAAGCACUAACCACAUUUCUCUCUGGAACUAGAAAAUGUGAACUACAAAAAGCAUUUGUUUUGUCCUUUUGUGCGGGUUUGGUUUUAAUUGUACUCUAUCCUUGCAAACAAGCCAGAGAAUCACAACAUCACAGUUCAAUUAUACAGUCCACUUAUAAAUCCCUUGAUACUUGCAGUCUGCCUGUAAGCAUAAAAUCCGUACGAUUUUGUAAAUUUGCACUUUUUUUUUAGUUGAGUAGUGUGAAAUUGAAUUUAUUAAUGUUUUAUCUUUGACUUCAAAAGGGGGCAUUAAGGCUUCUUUUUUUGUGGCCUUCUGAACAAGAACUGAUUUAGACCCCAUUUAUUAUUGCUGUAAAUCCCAAUAAAACCUAAAUGCAAAGAACCAGCUUUGUGCCAAUGUGCUUUAGUUUUGCUUACGGUUUUAAAAUAUUGAUCAAACAUCCGUUACCAUUAAUACAACAAGUGUAACUUCAUAAUAAAAUUGGUGCUCUUUUUUUAUUUAGUGCACUUUUACAAAAAGGUAUGGAAUUUUCAUUACAGUAGAUAAUUUGUAUGACAAGAACAUCUUGUUCAUACCCAUAAGCAUAAGGGAGAUGCUGUAUUUCAAAGUGCAUUUGGGAUGUGUUUAAAAGAUUGUGCUACAUAAGAAUUUACUUGCACCAUCUUAAUGGGACCUUGCUAGAACUACCACUGUUGCUCCUCAUAUGUCCAAACGUGGUUUUGUACAUGCCGAUUUCAGAACUGAAUAGAAGGGUUCUGUCUUUGUAGACUUAAAACACCUGUGCUUUUUGUAUGGGGAGAUAUGAAAGGAAAAUCACUUCACGGUAACUAAAGAAAAGGCCAAACAGAUUAAAUAAGAAAAAGAAAACUCUUUCUUUGCAAUUCUUUAACUUCAGCAUCUUGUCCUGUGAACCACAUAUCUAACCAAGCAUCAUGUAGCUUUUCCAUUAAUCUUCAUAACUAAUACACACCACUGGAUUCUCCCUUCAGACUAUUUGCACUGGAGGCUUUGCCCUGCUAUCUUGAUUGAAAAGGGAUUUUACUCUAUUAAAGACAAUUGUGUGUGUGUAUAUACAAAUUAAAAUAAAUCAUUUCUAUAAGUC